AUGAAUUGCAAUGGCGAUGUCGCAAACAACUGGAAGAGAUUUCAUGAAGCAUAUGAAGAUUAUUUAAUAGCAAAAGGUUUAGAUCAGAAAGACAAGAAAGUUCAAGUGGCCACGUUGAAAAGUCUAAUGGGAACUGAGUGCAAGAAAAUGAAAGAUCCAGUUAUUAUUCUUGCAAAGCUGCAAGACCAUUUCGUACAAGUGCGGAAUAUUCUGUAUGAGAGAUAUAUUUUCCAUAACACUGAACAGCAAGUACAUGAAACUAUUGACCAGCUCAGGCAAUUAGCUGAGCCAUGUAACUUUGCAACACUAGAAGGUGAGAUGGUGAGAGACCGUCUGGUUCUUGGCCGUCGGGACAGUGCGGCCAGGACCAGGCUUUUCCGCGAGAAAGAUUUCACUCUCAAGAAAGCCUUAUAGAGUCCCUUCGUAUAAGUGAGACCACAAGUGAACAACUGAAGAAAAUAGAGAGAGAAGACAAUCAAGAGCAUGUCAAUUAUGCUCAGAGAGAAGAUGCGAAGAAACAGAAUGUUCCAAAAUCAGUACAUCGACGAAGAAGAGAGAGCGGAGUCAACUCAAACAAGGUGGCAAAUGCAGAUAUUGUGGUGGAGCUCAUGAACGGUACAAACAUAAGCGUCCAGCUUUUGGCAACUCGUGCCGAAAGUGUGGAAAGGCAAAUCAUUUCAAAUCAGUUUCCAUGCAGAAGCAAGGAGUUAACCUUAUGAAUGUAGAAUCAUCGGAUAACGAAAAUUCAUUUUAUGUCGAAAUUGUUGACGCAAUAAGACAUGUGGAAAGAAGGCGUUAUUUUGUAUCCCUUUCCUUUUGGGAUAAGGACGGUGGUGAAAGUCAAAUCCAAUGCCAGCUUGACACAGGGGCCACCUGUAACGUCAUGUCCUUCAAUACUUUAUGUGAAAUCAAGCAAAGUGGAAGCCCAGCCAUGCAGCCAACUUGCAUCAAAAUAAAGUUAUACAAUGGGAGUUUUGUACCAUCCCUAGGAGAGUGUGAGCUCAACUGCAUCUACAAUGGAGAAAGUCACAAGCUUAACUUUAAUAUUAUCAAGGGCGACCAGAAGCCAUUGCUGUCUGGAGAGACAUGUACAAGCAUGGGACUUAUCACUGUGCAUAUAGCUAAUAGCAUAAAUACCUCUCCGAUAACAGCUCCAUCAGAUAUUUUCAUGGAAUAUAAAGAUGUGUUCGAGGGACUUGGCUGCUUGCCUGGUGAGUACCACCUAGAGAUUGAUCCUGAUGCUCAACCUGUUAAGCAUACCCCCAGAAUAAUUGGAAUACCAUUGAAAGACGAGCUAAAAGCACACAUUGAAACCUUAGAAAAAAUGGAGGUUCUCAAGAAAGUCACAGAGCCCACUGAAUGGAUUAGCAGUCAAGUUAUUGUGCGGAAGGGAUCCAAUCUUCGACUGUGUAUCGAUCCAAAGGACUUAAACAAAGCUUUGAAGCGGUCCCACUACCCAACGCCGACGAUAGAAGAAAUCGUACCGGAGCUUACGAAAGCUAAAGUUUUUAGUGUUGCGGAUGCGAAGAAUGGCUUCUGGCAAGUCAAACUGGAUGAAGCAAGUAGCUACCUCACGACAUUCUGGACCCCGUUUGGUAGGUACCGUUGGUUAAGAAUGCCAUUUGGGAUUGCCACUGCCCCCGAAGAAUACCAAAGGCGACAACAUGAGGUGCUUGAAGGUCUCCCUGGCAAACAAGUAAUCGCGGACGACAUCCUGAUCACAUGCCAAAGGGAGACACAAGAGGAAGCGCUUCGAGAUCAUGAUAGAAAUCUUGUAGCAUUGCUGCAGAGAGCUAGGGAAGUGAACUUAAAACUGAAUCCCAAGAAGCUGAAGCUUAGAUUCAACGAAGUUUCCUAUAUUGGCCACCUGCUUACCCCCGAUGGUGUAAAGCCUGAUCCUGAAAAGGUGCGUACGCUGCAAGGUAUGCCACGAUGGACGUAGCAGGGCAAAGAAGGUGAAGGCUGUGCAAAGAUUUCUAGGCUUUGUCAAUUACCUCGCCAAAUUCGUGCCACAUCUCGCUGACGAGAGUGAACAUAUAAGACGACUAACCGACAAAGAUGCUGAAUGGGUCUGAGAAAAGCACCAUCAAGAUGCCUUCCAUCGUAUCAAGAAACUGGUUGCAAAUCAUCCUGUCCUAUGCUACUAUGAUGUUAGCAAGCCAGUUUCAAUUCAGCGUGACAGCAGUGAGACUGGUCUUGGAGCUGCCUUUCUUCAAGAUGGACAACCUGUGGCAUUUGCAUCCAGGACAUUAAAACCAAUAGUCUUUUCAUGUGAUAGAUUUAAUCAAUACAUCUAUGGAAGAGAGUCAGUGGAUGUACAGAGCGACCACAACCCCCUAGAAGCCAUGUUUGUGAAGCCCUUGACAGCAGCUCCAAAGCGUCCUCAAGGCAUGUUACUCCGUCUUCAGAAGUUUAAUCUUAAAGUUUGUUAUAAGAAAGGAACUGAGAUCUUUAUUGCCGACACGCUUUCUAGGGCUCCUUUACCAGAAUUCGGUCCACCCGGGAACUAUCUGAGGCCGGAGAAAGAAGAUGUUUGCCGUGCGAAUGUGGAACAAAUAAAUGCGUCUGAAUUUAUAAGAGUAUUGGAUGGCGGUCUGAGGAGUAUGCAGCGUGAAACAGAGGCAGACGCAAAGCUACAGUGCCUUAAAGAGAUAGUGUUUUGGGGAUGGCCUGAAACCAAACCGGAGGCAGAUCCGAGCGUAGCUGAGUAUUGGACGUUCCGUGAUGAACUAAUUAAGUAUUUAUAA